UUUGCUUUAACACAACUCACCAGCUUGCAGGGCUUCCCCUGGUCUGGUUACUGGGAAACCAAGAGAAGGGACGGUUCAACGAAAUAGCUGGCAUGGGAGCCGGGUGAAAGGCAGCAAAGCCAACAAUAAUGUAGGGCAGCUGUCACCUGACUCUCUGCCUCAAUGGGUGUCACCUCAACCCCUCCCCGGAUACACAUGCAAACCGCAGGUCGGCAAGUAGCUGAAUGGGAGCCAAACCACUGGCGUGAUCAGGGAGCAGGGUGGUAAGGCAGGGUUUGAGCUUCGUGUUGAAUAGGAGGAAGUGAUUUGCUCCAAAAAGGCAGAGUAGUAAUGCCUGUUGAGGUAUAACUACAACACUCAUUUACUGAUUACUCAAGAAGAAGCCUGAAGAAUGAAAUUCUAAGUUCAGUUAAUGGAGCAGUUGGUUAUAGAGCCGUUCAGAGGCAGUUCUGACAUCCUGAUGCCCUGCUAGUUGGAACCUUAGGGAGAUAAUAAGACGCUGGACCAGCCUCGAAAGGAUCUUGCUUUGGGGGAGGCGUCUUACAUCACUGGCCGAGAGGCACAUCCUCCCAGCUCUGUGGGGAUUGUGUAGCAGAAACAGGCAGGACCACCUUUUGGAUGAUGUACGUCAGGGCAGCGAUGGGCAACCAUGAGAGUAAAUCUGACACUUUACAAAGCAUGUGGACCAUCUGAGUGCCAUUUGUCACAGGUAAAGUAACAGAAAAAGCAGAGACUGAAUGCUGACGUCACGAGAAACGGUACCAGGAUGCUAGAACUGUAGUUUUUAAAUAUAUUGUGCAUUUUUUGUUUUAAGCGUUAUAUAAGUAAAUUUAACAAUAAUUAUACUCAGGUAAAUUUAUGUGUCUGGGGUUAACAUAACGAUUUACUAUUAGAGAACCCAAUUUAUGGGUAUUUACUGAACAUAAUGUCUUGUGAAGUUGAGUGAGCCAAUAUGAAAGUUAAAAGAUUUGAUUUAAUGAAUGAAAUGUGCAGGUUUGGAUCAUUGGAAGGAUUUAAUUACAUUUAAUUACAUGACAGGGAGAUACUUAACUUUGCUGUACAAUGUAGCUAUUAAAUAGUCACUUUUGAUGUAAAGAUUCACUUUGUAGCUCUUGCAUGAUGACAGCAGCGUUUAAUGUAAAUUUGCCAAGUGCCAGAUCUUCUGGGAUUGGAUUAGGGUUUGGACAAUUGAUCUAUUAGCAGGUUUACUGACUCUUACCCAAUAUAUAUUUCAGAUGGAUGUUAAUGGAAAUUUUUAUGAAAUGAUGAUGAAUUAUUGAAAGAGAUGUGGAAAGACUCAUCAAUGAGCAUCAUCCGGGGUGGGGGCCUCAUAGAUCCGGGGAAUUCACAGUACUGAGGUUGAGUCGUUCUGAAGUUAAUUCAUGAAUGAAAUAUUUAACAAGUUUUUUUUUCUACUGUAUGGGGCACUUGAUGAAUUUCUGCAUAUUUUCUUUGUUGUUGCGUUUGUCAUCAGAAAAGCUGCAGCGUGGUUAGAGUGUGCAGAGUUUAUAAGUAAUCGCCAGUGAGCUGGUGUUGACGUACAGGAGACGCCUGGGUAGUUUCUGUUAAUCAUACGGCUGUGGGUUAAUGGCCAGUGAGCUGGUGGAAAUUUCCCAGUAAUUUUCCAGAAUUCCCCUGGUGCUGUGAGCGUCAAAUCAAGUUCCUGUCUAUUUCAUUGUGACUUUGAUGUAUAAGCUUCAGAAAAUGCAUUUCAUUAAGUCAGGCAAGUAAUAAGGUAGUUUUAUUUUAUUGAAUUUUAUUGGUUAACCACAAAAAAAGGGAAACGCCUGAGAGUAUGGAGAUGGAGUAUGGAGAUUUUGAUGAAGUUAAUCUGAUAUUUAAUCUCAUCUAAACUAAUUAUUAUAUUUUACCUUCAGGUGAUGUUUCGAUAUCACCUGGAGCAUAGGGCACAAGGGAGAGGCACAGGUCUUUGUGGGGACCUGAAAAAUGGUCCCCAGAAUAUCACAAUAACAGGGUUUAUCACAUUGUGGGGGGCAUUUGGUCCCUGCCAUGUAAUAUAAACAUUAACACACACAAACACACACAUAGAGGCAGCACUGAGACAGCUGUUAGCCCGACUCUGGAAAGAAACUCACAUGACACGGGGAGAAUGUGCAAAACCUUGCAGGAUGACACCGGAGGUGGGUUCACAGCCCUAACCUUGCAGGAUGACACCGGAGGUGGGUUCGCAGCCCUAACCUUGCAGGAUGACACUGGAGGUGGGUUCACAGCCCUAACCUUGCAGGAUGACACUGGAGGUGGGUUCACAGCCCUAACCUUGGGGCUUUGCGGUGACAGUGCUACCUACUGACCUCUUAAAAACCACGGGGCAGCAAAACUUACAGGUAAUUGGAACAUUAGCACAACUUGCAAAAGAUCAGGACAAUGGAUUAAUGCACUUUCAACAUACUGGCAGGUAGUUUGUCCGCAUUUCUCUGAAAGUGUUGGAAAUUUGUGUCACUUUAAGAAAUUAAAUUGAAUUCUGUAUUUUGUUUGCGCAAUUAAAAAAAUGACAGAGCUGAAACGUCUUAAAUCCUAAAAUGUUUUUUAAGCAAGUGGGCAGGGCUAUGCAUUAUUCUGUGAUUUGGCAAUAACGUCACAGCUUUUGAGUCAUGAGGUUAGUGGAUGUCAGUUUCAUAUUCAUGUCAUUUUUGAUAUGUAAAAUUAGCAUAUAGCUGCAAAUAGUUGCUGGGAAUUUUCUUCGUCUUUUGUUGCGCUUCAUGGACCUGGGUAUUCAUUGGAAGCUCGACCGGGCUGCACCUCCGCCUAGUCGACUCUGACAGCUGUGUGAUUGUAAUGUUCUGUCUGCCUCACUUGUAUAUUGUCGACAAAAGCAUCUGGUAAAUAAAUAAAUUUCCAUAUUUCUUUUCAUUUAGAAAAUUUCAGACAUAUCUUUGGCCUUUUGUUAGAGUUAAAGAGCUAGACCCUUAUUCCCAGUUACUCCAGCGACUGGCUGACCCUCGCUAAGCGACUGGCUGACCCUCGCUGAUCUACUAAAUAAAUGAACGUCUCUGUGCUUCUUCAAUGAUCAGUAUUUUUCUGCAUUUGUCAUCAACGACUUCCUGUAUGUGUUAUGAUGUAAUUGACGUAUUUUACGUGGUUGGCGUUUUGUUGCAAUCGCGUGGUGAGUGAAGGUUCACGUAGCCUUUACCAUGUUUGGCACUUAUUUUUCAGACCUCUUCAAAGCCUCCAAACCUCCCACAUAAACGCAUCCCACACUCUCCUCUUACCGCCUGUCUGCCUUUGGCUUCUCACGCUUAAUCCCCAUGCAAAUGUUGCUCUUCUAAUGGUGGAUGUGACCGCUGAUAGACAUGGAGAUGUCGACGGGCUCCCUGUUCCAUCAGAACGGUGGCGUCUCCAGCUGUCCCUGCGACCCGAAGCAGGGUGGGGCGGCGUUGAAGGUGUACCUGUACUACAGCAGCCAGGCUGAGGCGGAACGCACCCCCCUUUCGUACCCCCCCGGGAAAUAUGUGGCUGAGGAUCUCUGCAUUGAUGCAGCCAAGGAGUGCGAUGUGGCGCCCAUGUACUGCAACAUGUUCGUGCUGAUGAGAGAGGCCGACCAAAUGUGGUUUGCGCCGAAUCACGUCUUCCACGUUGAUGAAACGACUCGUGAGGACCUGGUGUUCAGAAUCCGGUACUACUUCCCUGGUUGGUUUACUAAUGACCCCUCCAGUGCGUGUCGAUAUGGGGCCACCAAGGGCUCGGAGACGCCCGUGUUGGACGACUGUGUCAUGGCCUACCUAUUCGCCCAGUGGCGGGCUGACUUUGUGAGUGGCUUAUUUGAGCUUGCCAUCAGUCACGAGACCCAGGAGGAGUGCUUAGGUAUGGCGGUGUUAGACAUGAUGAGGAUAGCCAAGGAGAGAGAGGUGUCUCCCCUGGACGUCUACCAUGGCAUGAGCUACAAGUCUUUCCUGCCCAAGGAUAUGCGGACCUGUAUCCAAGACUACAACAUUGUGACCCGCAAGCGAAUCCGGUACCGUUUCUGGAAGUUCAUCCAGCAGUUCAGCCAGUGCAAAGCGACUGCACGUGACCUGAAGCUGAAAUAUCUGAUGAACCUGGAGACGCUGCAGUCUACCCUCUACUCGGAGCACUUCGAGGUCCAGGAGCCCAACGUAGGCCCCGUCACCAUCGUUGUCACCGGCAACAACGGCAUCCAGUGGUCCUGUGAGAAACUCAAAAACUCUGGCUCUGACCAGGAGCUGCAGACGUAUUGUGAUUUCCCUGAAGUCAUCGACAUCAGCCUCAAGCAGGCGAAUAAAGAUGGUUCCAGCGAGAGUCGGAUUGUCACCAUCAACAAACAGGAUGGCAAGACGUUGGAGCUGGAGUUCCAUUCACUUGCAGAAGCUCUGUCUUUUGUGUCCUUGAUUGAUGGGUAUUAUCGACUCACCACAGACGCCCACCACUACCUCUGUAAAGAGGUGGCUCCCCCUAGCUUGUUGGAGGCCAUUCACAGUCACUGUCAUGGCCCAAUGUUGAUGGAGUUUGCUAGCAACAAGUUGCGGAGGUCUGGGAACCAGCGUGGUGUUUACAUCCUGCGCUGCAGCCCCAAAGACUAUGACAAGUACUUCCUGUCUUUUGCAGUAGGGUCGGAUGGAGCCAUGGAGUACAAGCACUGCCAGAUCACCAGGGCAUCGGUAGGGGAGUACAGCCUGAGUGGGGCCAAGAAGACCUUCAGAAGCUUGCUGGAGCUGCUGCACUGCUACCAGAAGGAGACCGUGCGCUCAGACGGACAUAUCUUCCAGUUCACCAAGUGCUGUCCGCCCAAGGCCAAAGAAAAGUCUAACUUGCUGGUGUGCAGGAAUGAGCCAGUUACGGAGGUACUACUUUCAUCUUCCAUUCAGAGGCGCAACAUCAGCCAGAUGGUGUUCCACAAGAUCAAGAAGGAGGACAUAGAGAUACACGAAAGCUUGGGGCAGGGAACAUUCACAAAGAUCUUCAAAGGCAUCCGCAAGGAGCUUGGAGACUGUGAAAAAAUGUAUGAGACAGAUGUCGUUGUGAAGAUUCUGGAUAAAGCACACCGGAAUUACUCUGAGUCUUUCUUUGAGGCAGCCAGCAUGAUGAGUCAGCUCUCGCAUAAGCACUUACUGCUGAACUACGGUGUUUGUGUGUGCGGGGAGGAGAACAUCAUGGUCCAGGAGUAUGUUCGGUUUGGAUCGCUAGACACCUACCUGAAGAAGAAGAAGAAUUCUGUGAACAUCACAUGGAAGCUGGAGGUGGCCAAGCAGCUGGCGUGGGCCAUGCACUUCUUGGAGGGCAAGAACCUAAUCCACGGUAACGUCUGCGCCAAAAACAUCCUGCUGAUCAGGGAGGAGGACCGAAAGUCUGGGAGCCCCCCCUUCAUCAAGCUGAGCGACCCAGGCAUCAGCAUCUUGGUGCUGCCCAAAGAGAUUCUGAUGGAGCGAAUCCCAUGGGUACCACCUGAGUGCAUAGAAGACCCUAGGAACUUGAGCCUGGCAACAGACAAGUGGGCCUUUGGUACGACCCUAUGGGAGAUCUGCAGCGGUGGGGACAAACCACUCAGCACCCUCGAUUCUUCCAAGAAAAACCUCUUCUAUGAGGAUCGACACCAGUUACCUGCACCGAAGUGGACAGAGCUGGCAACCCUGAUCAACAACUGCAUGGACUACGAGCCGCUGUUCCGGCCAUCUUUCCAAGCCAUCAUCCGUGACCUCAACAGUCUCUUCACUCCCGACUAUGAGCUACUUGCUGAAAGCGAUAUGCUGCCGAACCGAAGCCGGGGGUUUGGCUUCUCUGGUGCUUUUGAGAACCAUGAGCCAGCUCAGUUUGAAGAGAGGCAUCUGAUAUUCCUACAGCAACUUGGCAAGGGUAACUUUGGAAGUGUGGAGAUGUGCAGGUACGACCCUCUGCAGGACAACACUGGCGAGGUGGUAGCAGUGAAGAAACUGCAACACAGCACAGCCGAGCACCUGCGUGACUUUGAGAGGGAGAUCGAGAUCCUCAAAUCACUCCAGCACGAAAACAUUGUCAAGUACAAGGGAGUGUGCUACAGCGCAGGGCGGAGGAACCUGAGAUUAGUCAUGGAGUACUUGCCGUUUGGGAGCCUGCGAGAUUACCUCAUCAAGAAUAAAGACCGCAUUGACCACAAGAAGCUUCUCCACUACGCCUCCCAAAUAUGCAAGGGCAUGGACUACCUGGCCAGUAAACGGUACAUCCACAGGGACCUGGCCACCCGCAACAUCCUUGUGGAGAGUGAACUAAGGGUGAAAAUUGGGGAUUUCGGUCUGACCAAAGUGCUGCCCCAAGACAAGGAGUAUUAUACAGUGAAGGAGCCCGGCGAGAGCCCCAUCUUCUGGUAUGCCCCCGAAUCUCUUACAGAGAGCAAAUUCUCAGUGCCCUCUGAUGUCUGGAGCUUCGGAGUUGUCUUGUACGAGCUCUUCACCCACAGCAACAAGAACAACAGCCCACCAGCUGUGUUCAUGAGAAUGAUGGGAAGCGAUAAGCAGGGCCAGAUGAUUGUGUACCACCUGAUUGAGCUCCUCAAACAAGGUAGCAGGCUGCCCUUGCCGGAUGGGUGUCCUACAGAGAUCCACCGGAUCAUGACGGAGUGCUGGAACAGCGACCCCUGCCUGAGACCGUCCUUUAAGAAGCUUGCUCAGAGUGUGGAUGUGAUUCGGGACAGCAAAGAGAGCUGAGCUUGUCUCUUGGGAGCUCUGAAGGGUCACAGAGCAGAUGGCUGCUGCGUGCUUGUUUAUAGCGCCCCCUGGUGUGGCGUCUCCUGAACUUUGGAGCGUCGUCGAGGGCGGCUUUGGGAGGACACCAGGCUGCGUGCGUUUUGCGACACUGGGUCAAAGUAUGUUAGAGGAAGUCAGACGUCCUUGAGAAACUAUGUGAUAUUGUCUGGACUUCACCAGACAUUUAUUUCAUGGGAAGGAAGUGAAGAUUGAAGAGAAUUACUAAGAACUUCUUGGAGUUAGUGAGAUAAAUAGCUUUUUAUUUUAUGAACGUGGACUGCAAAGGAAAAACUAGCCCACCCUACUGAGAUAAGAACUAUGGUAACCUGCUGAGAUAACCUCUAUCUUAGGAGAGGAAUUUCACAAACGACACCUGGGGCAGGGAAUGGAUUAUGUGACGAUGAUAUGUUUUUCUGUAAAAUGAUUUAUUUUCUGUUCUUUUUAUUAAUCUUUUUAUGUAGCCAAAGCUUUGAUAAACAGCUAAUUUGACUGCAUGUCUGAUAUCCAAACAAAAAAAGAUUCUGGUCUGAUUAGUUAGAACAUACUUGGUUGACUACAUGAAAUGGUUCACAACAUAGCCAACUAUCUACAGGUGAAAAAACAGCAACAAGAAAUAUCAGAAUUAUUUUUUAUGAGCAUGGAAUGGCAACCAUGCCGUAUGCGUCUUGUUUUGGAGCACUGCUACAGAUUAGAUGUGAGGUAGAAGCUGUGCAGCAGUUCGGGAAAGAGGAAUGGACUUCCUGUUGCUUGCAUUGAAAUGCUAAUGUGUGUGACUGAGCAUGUGCGCUUGCCCCUUCGCUGUGCCGUUUCCUGCAGCUGAAGCAAGAUACAAGAAGCAAAACGAGAACCUCUACAGGAAAUGUGCUGUGACAUAUAUAAGAUGUAUGGAAACUUCAGGGGAAUUAUAGGUCUCAUGAUUUUUUUUAACACAUUUCUGGCAGCAGUGCUGGCCUUUACAUCACCCAUCUCUUUUAAGAUUUACAGGGAGAAAAAUAUAUAUCUAUACUUUUUUUCUACAGAUAAUAUAUACAGAGGAAGCUUUAUUUUUUGUAGACAAAAUAAGACACUGGUUUCAUCUGAUAUUUAGGCAGUUUGUGUAAAUGGAAAAAAUGUUUUGCUUAAAAUAUUCAUGUCUUAUUUUGUAAUAUCUUAAUUGUAAUACGGAACAUUUCAGAUUAAAAAAAAUGGUCAUUUUUAAAGGGUA